AUGUGGUUCCCCCGACUGGAAAGAGCUCAACUCCUCCCAGACUUGGAGCUCCCACUGUACUUCCUCAAAUCCAUCACAUAUAAACAGACGCGCUGACCUAGUUCCACAACAGACGAACAAGGUACGACACUAAGAGAGACUCUAACUGCAGGACAUAAGGAUGCUGUGGUGUGCGUGCGCGAUGCUGCUGGCGGCUUCAGCUCUGGGCCACUUGGACCCGGCCGCGCUGGACGCGCAGUGGGAGCAGUGGAAGGUUGCUCACGGCAGAGAGUACAACGGCCUGGACGAGGAGGGCGUCCGCAGGGCCGUGUGGGAGAAGAACAUGCUGCUGAUCCAAGCCCACAACCAGGAGGCCGCGCUGGGGUUGCACUCCUACGAGCUGGGCAUGAACCACCUGGGAGACAUGACGUCAGAGGAAGUAGCUGAGAAGAUGACCGGCCUGCUGCUCCCACUGAACCCUGAGCGCAGCUUCACCAUGGACCUGGAUGACAAGGUGUCCAGACUUCCCAAAUCCGUGGACUACCGCAAGAAGGGCAUGGUGACGUCUGUGAAGAACCAGGGCUCCUGCGGUUCCUGCUGGGCGUUCAGCUCCGCCGGGGCCCUUGAGGGCCAGCUGGCCAAGAAGACGGGUCAGCUGGUGGACCUGAGUCCUCAGAACCUGGUGGACUGCGUCGAGGGCAACGACGGCUGCGGAGGAGGCUACAUGACCACGGCCUUCGACUACGUGCGCGUCAACGGCGGCAUCGACUCCGAGGCGGCCUACCCCUACAUGGGAGAGGACCAGCCCUGCCGGUACAACGCCUCAGGCGCGGCCGCCCAGUGCAGCGGCUACAAGGAGGUGCCGGUGGGCGACGAGCACGCGCUGGCCGUGGCCCUGUACAAAGUGGGCCCGGUGUCCGUGGGCAUUGACGCCAUGCAGAGCUCCUUCCAGUUCUACCAGCGAGGUAUCUACUACGACGCCAACUGCAACAAGGAGGACGUGAAUCACGCCGUGCUGGCCGUCGGCUACGGCGUCAACGCCAAGGGGAAGAAGUUCUGGAUCGUCAAGAACAGCUGGGGCGAGGGCUGGGGCAACAAAGGCUACAUCCUGAUGGCCCGUAACCGCGGCAACCUGUGCGGCAUAGCCAACCUGGCCAGCUACCCCAUCAUGUGAGGCAGCGCAGGGGUGAAGAGGAGCCUCACCACGGAGGAGCUCCGAGGUCCAACCUCAGCAACCACUACAGAAAACACCACAAUCAAAAGUUACAAUCGGACUUUUGGAGGAAGCGGCUCGUACGUUAUCGACUCUUGGAUCCAAGCGUCUCCUGGAGACGACGCUUGGUUACUGGAUCCAAAGCAGCAGCAGCUUCACUGGGACCGGUUCCAUGACGAAGCUUCGGCCGCCAUUUACAGCAGCUUCGCUUCUAAUUACAGAUUAAAUUCAGAGACGAUUAAAAGUGGACAAUGAGCUGCUCUGGUCCUGAUGAUGAUGAUGCAGAAUCCAUUCGUCUCUUCAUCCACUCGUUUGUCAUUAUGAUUCCAUUCAGCACUUUUCUAAUGAUUCUACAAAUGUUUUCUAUGAAAUUCAAUAAAGGUUUCGUUUGGUGAAA